GAGGAGAGUGAGUGCAUCAGUCUGAGGAAGAAAAAUCGCUGUGCCCCAGUCCGGCUGCGUGCCCUCUGCCUAUUGGUUUUUCAUCGAUUUUGCCGACUGUGCGGCAAAGGGAAAACAGAUUUUGCAGCAUUCUCUGAGGUUGCGCACAUCGCCAACAACAACAACCAGAGCCAGAGCCAGAGCAAAGCAGCAACUUCGGCAGCAAACGAAUCAAAUCAAUUAUUUGGUUGCUUUGCCAAGAAGGAGAAGCGUCAGCAAGAGGAGCGUGAAGAGCAGCAGAAGGAACAGUCGCAGCCAGCAGCCAGAGAAAGUUCCCACUCGGGCAGCUACAACGUGCAGCAGCAGCAGAAGCGUUUGUCCUGCGUGAGCCUAGCAGGAGGACAUCCAGCGAUCUACCGGCAACAGGACGAGGAAUUCCAUCCCAGAAAGGAGCAGGCUGCACCAAAGAGAGACAGUUUUGUGGUGUGCAAGCAACCUCAAGCGAGAGCCAGGCAUCCGCAGCAGCGUUCGCAGAGCCAACCGGCGAUAUCACAGCAGCCCCGCAGACGUCCAGGAACACCGCCACCGCACGCCGCCGGCACAGCCAAGAGCAUGACCUCCAUACCCGCCACCCUGUCCAGCAACAAUGUGGCCGCCGCUGGAGCGGCCAAUGUGCCCGAGAAGCAGCCGUGGCCCAACUCCAAGGAUGACUACGAGCUGCGCGACGUCAUCGGUGUGGGUGCAACGGCGGUGGUGCAUGGCGCCUACUGCAUACCGCGCAACGAGAAGUGCGCCAUCAAGCGCAUCAAUCUGGAGAAGUGGAACACGUCGAUGGACGAGCUGCUCAAGGAGAUCCAGGCGAUGUCGUCGUGCAAUCACGAGAAUGUCGUCACCUAUCACACAUCGUUCGUGGUGCGCGAGGAGCUGUGGCUGGUGCUGCGCCUGCUCGAGGGCGGCUCGCUGCUGGACAUCAUCAAGCACAAGAUGCGAACGUCCAACUGCAAGCAGGGCGUCUUCGAUGAGGCCACCAUUGCCACGGUGCUGAAGGAGGUGCUCAAGGGUCUCGAGUACUUCCACUCCAACGGUCAGAUUCAUCGCGACAUCAAGGCGGGCAACAUCCUCAUCGGCGACGAUGGCACCAUCCAAAUUGCAGACUUUGGUGUGAGCGCCUGGCUGGCCACGGGCAGGGAUCUGUCGCGCCAGAAGGUGCGUCACACUUUCGUGGGCACACCCUGCUGGAUGGCCCCGGAGGUGAUGGAGCAGGAUCAUGGCUAUGAUUUCAAGGCGGACAUUUGGUCGUUUGGCAUUACGGCCAUUGAGAUGGCCACCGGAACGGCGCCGUAUCACAAGUAUCCGCCGAUGAAGGUGCUCAUGCUGACGCUGCAGAACGAUCCGCCCACAUUGGACACGGGCGCCGAUGAUAAGGAUCAGUACAAGGCCUAUGGCAAGACAUUCCGCAAGAUGAUCGUCGAGUGCCUCCAGAAGGAGCCCUCGAAACGGCCCACUGCCAGCGAGCUGCUGAAGCAUGCGUUCUUCAAGAAGGCCAAGGAUCGCAAGUACCUCACCCAGACACUGCUCCAGUCCGGUCCCAGCAUGGAGACGCGCGUCCACAAGGCGGCCAAGCGGCAGCCGGGUGCCUCCGGACGCCUGCAUCGCACCGUCACCGGUGAGUGGGUGUGGUCCAGCGAGGAGGAGGACAAUGGCGGCUCAAGCGGCGGACGCAAGCAUCCCUCCUCGGACUCUGAUUCGGAGGAUCGACCGAUGAAUCGGUUGGAGCGUGCCGACUCCUCAGACAGCGAUCGAGAGGAUCCCUCGCCCGAGAUUACGCACAGCGUCUCCUCGACGACUGUGACGCCAGGAACGGGACAGAAUGCUGCCGCUGCAGCCGCCACAGCAGCUGCCGCCGCCGCCGCCGCCAGCACUCAGGAGGUAACCGCCGGCGUGGCCCAGAUGCCCCUGCCCAGUGAAGAGCGGGUGGGCGAGGAGGCACCGCCAGUCAAUCUGGUGCUGCGCAUGCGCAAUCUACGCCGCGAGCUGCACGACAUACGCUUCGAGUUUAUGGUGGGCAAGGACACGGCCGAGGGCAUUGCCACGGAGCUGGUGGAUGCCGGCCUGGUGGACGCACUGGACACACAGCCAAUGGCCCAGCACUUGGACCAGCUGAUAGCACAGUGUGCGACCAUGAAGACGAUCACGUUCCAGCUGAGUUCGGGCGUCCAGCCCGGCGAGGUGCCCGACGAGCGUUCGCUGGUGGGCUAUGCGCAGAUAUCCAUCACAGACUAGAACGAGGAUGGGCUGUCCGGCGGCCCAGUGCCUUAAAUGCAGCUCUAAACCUAACAGCUCUCCCUCACACACACACACACACACAAUCCUCGCCACAAGCACCACCACUACCCGCCCCCUUAGGCCAGUGGGCUGCAAGCAGGAGUGGAAAGGAACCGGAAACGGAAAUGGAAACGGAAUGUUGCCGUUUUGCUGCUUUUAGCACUAGACUAGAACUAACUGUAAAUGCUAGUGAUAGAUGUUAAUGAGAGCCGAUCGUUUUACUAUAGAAAUUUAUCAAUGUAUCGUAUAUGCCCCGCCCCCCCACAGCCCCGCUCCCCUCUCUCUUCUAUAUGUAUAUCUAAUGCGCAUUGUAAUUACUCCAUGUGUAGCCUAUCCAACUCUCUGCUAUAAUUCAAGAACCGUGUACUUAUUCGUUUUCGUUUCGUUCGUUUUUAAGUAGCGCGCUCCCCCAACCCCCGCUCUCCACCGCUCUGUAUAUAAAUCUGUUUUCGAUUAGCCCCACCCCCCAAAGCACGACCCUGCCCACCCAUCCACCAACUAAGGCGCCUCUAAUUUAUUCUCUAGCAAUCGUAAACUUUAAUUUUUAAAGCCUAGCGCCUAAGUCUUUUGUUUUUUUGUUUUUACUCUUUGCCCCCCAACAAUAUUUUAGGCCCGUUACUCUCGUACUCUAUGCUACGAAUUCUGCAAGCUGUCUGCCCCACUACCCUUUAGUUGUUAAGCCUGCAACGAGAUGCAACAUUAAAGUGUAAGAGAAACAACCAGUAAGGGCGCCCCUGGAGGAGCAAACAAAACCAACCCAACACAGGCACGGUACAGUUGUGUCUGCCUAGCCUUAGUUUUUACUUUAUAUAAUUCAAGCUCUGUAACUACGAUGAAGUAAUACCGUAAAGUAAUUUUAGAACACUGAUGAAUAUUAUUUAAAAAGAAAAUCACACAAAAAAAAA